CGAGCCUGCGCGGUUGGGCUGAUUUUUUUAUUUUAAGUUCUGCGCAUGCGCCUCGCGCCCUGCGCCGCCAUUACACGACGCUGUUCGGGUGAUUCCGGCGAGGAUCAGUUGCGACGGUUGAAAUCGAGGGAUUGUUGACAUUUGUUUUGAGAAAGAUCGAGAAUUCAAAGUGGAAAUUUAGUGUUUUUAUUUGAAUUGAUGUUUUAAUUACACAGAAAAUUAUUUUGGUGACUUACAGUGUGUUGAUUGAAGAAAGCAUGGCCGACUUUUGAAAAAAUAAAAAAAAAUACAUUUACCAGUUUAUGUUUCCGGAGUAAUAAAUUAAAUCUUGUUCAAAAACAUGGAAGACUCUGUUGAGAAAAAAAAAAUUCAACAACUGAAAAGUUAUUAUCAGUUAGUGUUACCAGUAAAUCAAAUCUUCAAAUGGCUAUCAUAUGCGGAGAAAUUCAGAAUUUGUUAUCGAGAAUUUUCAUUCGUGACUGUCAGAAGCGAAUUUUCUCGGUAUGAAUCUUUUAACAAUGCCAAAGAUUUCAGAAACCGGUUGAUAAAUUUGGGUCCCGCUAGAAUUGACGUCGGACCUACUUGGCCGAAAAGUCCUCUGUGGUCGUCCAAACAAGGCUCAGAUCCUGUAAGAAAAGAAUUAGUGUUCGAUAUUGACCUGACAGAUUACGACGACGUGCGAAUCUGCUGUCAGGAAAAAAGUAUUUGCGUAAAAUGUUGGAAAUACAUGGUGAUAGCUUGCAAAAUAAUCCACAGGUCUCUCGUAGAAGACUGGGGAUACAAGCACACCCUCUGGGUAUUUUCCGGCCGUCGAGGUAUCCACGCGUGGGUUUGCGAGCCAAGUGUCCUGAAGUUUGACGACGACGAACGUUAUAUGAUAUCGGAAUUCUUCCAGGUAUCCCUUACAAAUUCGUUCGGUGAGAGCCAGUUCAGGCUGACGGAGAUAACUAGCUUCAUCAAGCACGCCCUCGAUAUUAUCGACGAGGACUUUUUACGCUUCUGUGUCGUCGAGAUGGACAUGCUGGGUACUGACGAACGUGUUCAACAAUUCAUAAAUCUGUUAAGGUGUCCCAAAAUAAUGAGGGGUGUUAAAAAAGAGUUCCUGGAUCAUGACAACAGUAUUGAUCGCUGGAACGCUUUUCUUGAAUAUUUUUAUACUAGGCUAGUUAAAGGAGAAAUUCCUGAAGACUGCAGGUACUUGGUUGAAGAACUGAAGUUGCAGUACUGCUACCCGAGAAUUGACGGCAGUGUCACUGAAGGAAUUAACCAUCUUUUGAAGAUGCCGUUCUCGGUCCAUCCGGCGACUGACAAAAUCUCUGUGCCGUUUGAUCCUGAGAAGAUCGAGUUCUUUGACCCGACAACGGUGCCUACUCUCACGCAAAUUUUGUCUGAGGUCGCUGAGUUUAAGAGUUCUAAACAGCCUGGUCAAAGAUGGAAUCAGUGGAAUCCUUUAUACCUUUACAAGACGAGCUUGAGAGAUUCGUUCAAAGUUUUUAUUAAAUUCUUGGUUAACUUGCACGUAGAGUUGCGUUAGUAAGGCUUUCUCAGUUGAUGAAACAAGAGCGCCACCUACAAAUGAAAAUUAAUCGCCAACAGAAACAGUCGGAAGAACUUCGAUAAUCAUCGGAAUGUUUCGUGUUAUCCAACCGCGCAAAGUAAAGUAAACGUAAGUAGAGUAGUUAUAUACACUUGUGGAACUUGUUAUUUUGUAUGCCCCAGACUUAUAAUUAUUAAUUAUUAUUGUGCCAUUUAUUACCGUAUGACUUAUGUAAAAAAACGGUAUGAGAAUGGAAAUUAUUGAGACAUUUUUUGCGUAAAAAAAUUUUAUUACAAUUGUGAUUAAAAUUAUAAUGUCAAUUACCGCCAAGUGAUUUAAG